AUGUCUGUCGAGGUCCUGACUACUAUUUCCCCCACCACCAACGAGCCCAUCAUCACUCGCAAUGGCGCCUCUCAGGCCGACUUAGAUGAGCUCCCCAACACCGCCACCAAGGCGUUUGAGUCUUGGAGCAAGACAUCUUUGGCCGACCGCCAAAAGAUUGUCAAGACGGCCCUGAAGCUGCUACUCAACCAGAAGGAUGACCUCGCCCAGGAGCUCACUGUCCAGAUGGGCCGUCCCAUCGCCUACACCGGCGUCGAGAUCGCCACUGCCGUGAAGCGCGCCGAAUACCUGCUUAAGAUCAGCGAUGAGGUUCUCAAGGACACCGAUGGUGAGGCUGAGAAGGGAUUCAAGCGCUUUAUUCGCAAGGUUCCCGUUGGUCCAGUUCUUGUUCUCUUUGCCUGGAACUAUCCCUACCUCAUCCUCGUCAACUCUCUUAUUCCCGCCCUGCUGUCGGGCAACACCGUCAUCCUCAAGCCAUCCCCGCAAACUCCCACAAUUGUUGAACGUGUGGCCAAGGUCUUUGCGGAAGCCGGUCUACCGAGCGGCGUGCUGCAGUACUUCCACUGCGGCUCUCCCACUCUGAUUGAGUCCAUCGUGCGCAACCCCAAGAUCAAGCUCGUCGCUUUCACAGGCUCUGUAGCUGGUGGGCUGGCCGUGCAGCAGGCGGCCGCUGACCGUGUGGUCAACGUUGGGCUCGAGCUGGGUGGCAAGGACCCUGCGUACGUGCGUGGUGACGUCGACAUUGACUGGGCGGCCGCUGAGAUUGUUGACGGUGCCGUGUUCAACUCGGGCCAGAGCUGCUGCUCCGUUGAGCGGGUGUACGUGGCCGACGAGAUCCACGACGCCUUCGUCGAGGCCGUGCAGAAGGUUCUCAAGGGCUACGUGCUGGGUGACCCCUUCGACAAGGGAACCCAUGUCGGCCCCGUGAUUUCCAAGCGGUCCAAGGAGACGAUCGAGGCGCACGUCAAGGACGCAGUGGCCAAGGGAGCCACGGACGCUACACCCGAGAACGAGACGUUCAGCAACCCGCCGCCCAAGGGCAACUUUGUCAAGCCGACGCUGCUGACGGGCGUGGAUCACUCAAUGACUGUGAUGACCGAGGAGACGUUUGGCCCCGUCAUUCCGGUGAUGCGCGUCAAGAACGACGACGAGGCGGUGAAGCUCAUGAACGACAGCGAAUUCGGUCUGACGGCGAGUAUCUGGACCAAGGACACGGAACGGGGCUACGAGCUCGCGGACCAGGUCGAGGCGGGCACCGUGUUUGUGAACCGAUGCGAUUACCCCAGCCCGGUAAGUCUACCCUCUGAUCACAGGCGUUUAUUUUUUGCUUCUUCCCUGCCCCGAUCACCCCCAGCAUGUGCUCCCGUUUUGCAUGUUUCACACUCUCUCCGCCCUGCCUUCUUUGUGAACAGUGCUUGGCAUAUGCUUGAGUUUUCGGCAAUUAUGUCACUGCUCAGAUUUCAUCGGUGGAGGAUGAGGGGGCUUGAGACGGUUGGCAGCCUGAUUGGUCUCCUCCUCGUCUUCUUUUCUUCGUCUUCUGAUCUGGAAGAUGGAAAUUAUCUGCCGUGCAAUUCUAUGUUAUCCUGCUUUGACGCCUUACAAGCCACAUCUGUAUUUCCCCUCAUCAGAAACUCGCUCUAA